AUGGCAAGAAGGAGGACAGACGGCAACGGGCGGCUGCGGUUCCUGCUGUUGAAUGCAAAGGAGCUAUUACGCGAGGAGAGGCGCAAAGUCUCGAUUGCUUGUGGGCCAUCUCUUUGUCUCCUGACUAUCAUCUCCAGUAUUUGUUUAACCAGCCGUGCCCUGCUGGGGGAGAGCCACCGUCCUCUGACUGAUGGGUGUGAGUUCUCCCCUGGCUCCCGAGAGACGAACAGGCAUAUUUGUGUGUACAUCUGCGUUGGGGUAGAGGAGCACCAUGCUGUUGACAUUGAUCUAUACCAUUGUCCCAACUGUGCAAUUCUCCAUGGACCUUCUCUAAUGAAGAAGAGGAGGAACUGGCAUAGACAUGACUACACAGAGUUGGAUGAUGGCUCCAAACCAGUGCAGGCUGGAACACGGACCUUCGUUAAACAGCUGCGGGCUCGCUCUUUCCCAAGUGCUGAUGAAGUCAUUUUGAAAAUGCAUGGAAGCCAGCUGACACACAGAUACUUGGAGAAACAUGGAUUUGAUGUUCCCAUUAUGGUUCCUAAAUUAGAUGGUCUGGGGCUUAGACUUCCUCCGCCAACUUUCUCUGUUUUAGAUGUGGAACGCUAUGUAGGUGGUGACAAAGUGAUAGAUGUAAUAGAUGUAGCAAGACAAGCAGACAGUAAAAUGAAGCUCCAUAAUUAUAUUAAAUAUUUCACAAAUCCUGAGCGACCAAAAGUAUUGAAUGUGAUCAGCCUGGAAUUCUCGGACACAAAGAUGUCUGAAUUAGUGGAAGUACCAGAUAUUGCCAGGAAGCUUUCCUGGGUGGAAAAUUAUUGGCCAGAUGAUUCUGUCUUCCCUAAGCCUUUUGUUCAGAAGUAUUGCUUGAUGGGUGUCCAGGACAGCUAUACUGAUUUUCAUAUCGAUUUUGGAGGAACAUCAGUUUGGUACCAUGUUCUCUGGGGUGAGAAGAUAUUCUAUUUGAUCAAGCCUACCGAUGAAAAUUUGGCUCUGUAUGAGUCUUGGAGUUCAUCCGUCACCCAGAGUGAAGUAUAUUUUGGGGACAAGGUUGACAAAUGCUACAAAUGUGUUGUGAAGCAAGGACACACUUUAUUUGUUCCAACAGGCUGGAUUCAUGCUGUGCUCACAUCUCAGGAUUGUAUGGCUUUUGGAGGAAACUUUUUGCACAACCUCAAUAUUGGCAUGCAGCUCAGGUGUUAUGAAAUGGAGAAGAGGCUAAAAACCCCAGAUCUUUUCAAAUUUCCUUUCUUUGAAGCCAUCUGUUGGUUUGUGGCCAAAAAUUUACUGGAAACAUUGAAAGAAUUGAGGGAAGAUGGUUUCCAGCCUCCAAGCUAUUUAGUGCAAGGAGUGAAGGCUUUACUUACGGCUUUAAAAUUAUGGAUGAAAAAAGAACUUGUAACAGAACAUGCCUUUGAAAUUCCAGACAACAUUAGGCCUGGACAUCUCAUAAAAGAGCUCUCGAAAGUCAUUCGUUCUGUAGAGGAGGAAACCAGCAAACUAGUUAAAACUCAGGGAAUUCUUGGUGUGUGUCCAAGUUCACGGUCUUCGCAUGAAACAACUUCCCCUCACCACUCCAGACGAAGAGUGAGGAAACUGCGAGACCACGCUACCAAAACUCCUUCUAAUCUGGACAUCCUGGAACUCCACACCAGGGAGGUACUGAAAAGGCUGGAGAUGUCACCAUGGGAGGAGGAUACCUCAAGCUUGAAACUGAAUGGGAGAUUUAACAAGCCCUUGCAGCCAUCUUCUACAGUACCUGAAUGGCGAACAAAAGACAAUGAUCUUCGCCUUCUGCUGUCAAAUGGAAGAAUAAUUAGAGAUGAGAGACGCCCAUUUACAGAUCGAAGUCUUUACACAGCAGAUAGUGAAGAUGAAGAUGACAGGACAAGGUCGAAAAAGACAACUGUUAAGGUAGAAGACCAGCCCUCAGGAUUUGAAGGAGAAGAGAAUGCAGAUGCCCAGAAACCACUGAACAUGUUCUUUGAAAGUGUGAAAUCAGAACUCAGGAAUGGAUCCUCAGAGUACUCUGAUAUUUCUGAUUCAGAAGAAUCUGAGCCUGAUUGCACUACACAGCAGAAGGAUUCCUCCACAGAGGAGUCGGAAAGCUCAGGUGAUGAAGAGAAACAGGAAGUAACAUCAAAUUUCAAAGAGGAAUCUAAGGUCAUGAGAGACAUAUGUCAAAAUAGCCAGAAGCCAUCCAGAAAUGAAACUCCGAGUAAAAAGGAAUGUCCUACCUCGACAAGUACAGAAGAAGAAGCUAUUCAGGGCAUGCUUUCUAUGGCAGGAUUGCACUAUACUACAUGUUUACCAGGUCAUACUCAAAGCACAGACUGCACAGAUAAAAGAACUUCUCUUCAGGAACACAGAAGCUACCCCAGGAGUCGGCAUAAAGACAGACAGCCAUCUCAGAGCCACAAAACAAUAGAAUGUGGUAGGUCUGUGAAGGAAGAGGAAAGAGACUUAGGGACUUCAGCAUGGGCUAGACACCUGAAUGAAGCUUCAAGGAUUACCCCUCAGGAUACAAGUAAAACUCAAAAAUAUAUCAAGAAAGAGGGUGCGUCAGAAGCCAAUCAUAAGGUUCAGGAAAACAGAAGUAUAGUUCACAACAAUGGCUUGAGUUUUCAGCACGGCAAGUAUACACGCGACUCCAAUCUAGUUCAAGGGGAAUGUCAGCUGAGUGAUGGCAGCCUUAGCCCUGACAGGCCGUAUGGUGAAACGUCCUUGUCUGUACCACUUCAUCCAACAAAGAGGCCAGCAUCAAAUCCACCCCCUAUCAGCAACCAGGCGACAAAAGGCAAACGUCCAAAGAAAGGAAUGGCAACUGCUAAACAGCGCCUUGGGAAGAUCUUGAAGCUGAACCGGAAUGGCCAUGCACGCUUCUUUGUUUAAUGUAGCUGCUACUUCUACUACUGCUGUCUUUCCUACACAGACCAGUAUUGAGGUCAACAGAGCCUGGAGCUGCUGUUAUUCCUCUGCUUGAAGCAGACUUGCAUGUACCAUAUAAAACACUGCCUGAUGAACAAAAA